GAUCUAUCAGGACCAGCUGAAGAGGCAGCUAACUAGCUGUGUGUAGCAGCAGAUAUGUUAAAUUAAGAUGGUUGGAAUUUAACCUUAAUUUAGAGAUCAUAUUGACGGUACAGCAUUAUGUCUAGAUUAUGCUCAACCAGCGAUAGUGUAAAGUGUCAAAACUCAUGUUACACAGUUUAUCUAAUUGAAACAGUACUUGUCUAGUUACAAAGCUUAUAUCAUUAUACUACAGACACCAGGGACAGCUUGCUAUUUUACUAAUUGGAUUAACCUGGCGAGCUACAAGACUGUAACAUGCUAAGCUGGUUGAAAUGCCUGUUAAGACCUUUUUGAAUGCAGUUAUUUAGUUUUUCAACAUUCCAUAAUCAACUGGUGGUCAACUGUAUGUUGGAUAGGAUGCAGGUAUUGAGUCAUUUCUAUCAAGUUCACCUAUUCCAUUGGUAUUAAGGGGAGUCAGUAGAGUCAGACACCAAGUCAGUAAUGUAUCCUCCAGAUGCUUCAGGUUCUUACCAUUGGCCCCUGUCUGAGCUCCUUGGUCAGCGGAAGCUGUUAGGGUUUACCAUUCUGCUGGCAUGGCUUGUCCUUUUCCAUCUGCUGGUGAAUGUGUGGCUGCUCUGCAUCUUCACCAGUCUCUUGGUGGUUCUUGGAGGUUGGCUAGGGAUCCGUGCUGCGCUCGAUGCAAACAGCCUGCUCCACCUGGAACACUUUGUCCCCAUGGGAGGGCUCCAACCGGCCCUGCACUCCCCUGAGAGCGAGUGGAGGCUGGACCACGAGAUCCACAACGCGGUCCACAAGGCGGUUCGGGACUUUGUCUCCUCGUGGUACCGCACCCUGGUGUUUGAGGAGGGGGGGGAGUUUGAGCAGGAGGUGCAGGACGCCAUGCUGGAGUCUGUGAUGGAGCUGAAGGGACGAGCUCUGCGCGUGGACAGGAAAGCCCUGGUACAGAGGGCCCUGGAGCUAUGUGGCUGCCACCUGCAGAGCUACAUGACAGCCAGGGAAACGCAGGCGGAGGCUAACAAGCUCCAGAGAGAACGUAGCAGCCUGUGGGAGCUCUACAGCAAGGCGGACGCCCCCCACCCUGCCCUGAGCAGUCCGGCUACAGAGCUCAGCUACGCCAGGGCUGUGGUGAACCUCCUCCUCCAUGUUCUAGUCCCGUCCCCUCACCUGGAGACCAGGACGGGACGCUACAUGGUGGGGGAGCUCAUCACCUGCAACGUGUUGCUGCCCCUUGUCAGCAGGGUGUCGGAUCCAGACUGGCUCAACCUGACCAUUGUGGACAUCUUCACCAAGUCACGAGAGCGGCCAGCGGACGACGCAGAAGAGCUCCUUGGGUCUCUGUAUAAAAGCCAGACCCGGCACGAGUCCUGGGACACCUGUUGCUCAGACUCGUCAACCUUAGAUGAACAAGACACCCCCAGCAAGAAUCAUUUUGACCUGGCAGGCAUUUCAUAUGACGCCAAUCCUCACAAGUCAUUCUAUAUGUCGCAAGGUUUGAAAGAAGAGGCUCGGCAGGACAGCAUGGUGAGUCUGGUCAGCUCUGGUCGAGGAGACAGCUGCUCCGCGGGGCUCCUCAGUCCCUGCCAAGCCAACUGCUUUUAUCAACGGACAGACUCAGACCAGGAAUCCCACUUACUGGAUUCCAAGAAGCACUCCUUCGACUCCCUUCUCCGCACGGACUCUGAGGAGGACCAGGCAGACAGCUACUGCGAGUGCACUUCGUCAACAAACUUCUGCAGUGUGCUGGGUUUCGAGGAUGACCUGUCUGGAUGUUUUGGUCCCCUAAGGGCCCUUGGGACCAGGGCGCCAGUGCCCGAGGAGCCUCACUGGCCGGCCGGCAUGGCGGAGGAUCUACCUGCGGUCUGUGCUGCAGGGGGCCUGGGCCUGACCCCCUUUAGCUUCGAGCCCCCAAUCAGCCUAGAUGGACCUGCCACCAUCCAGAACCUGCGCAUCACUGGUACUGUCACUGCCAAGGAGCACCGUGGUACUGGUGACCACCCCUAUACCCUCUACACUGUGAAGUAUGAAACCCUUGUUGAUGCCGAAUGCCUGGGCGCUUUGCAGCCUGUUGCCUACCACACCGUGAAUAGGCGCUACAGUGAAUUCCUCAACCUGCAAACUCGGCUGGAGGUGAAGCCUGACCUCAGGAAGAUGAUAAAGAGCAAAGAUAUCAAAGGCCCCAAGAAGCUUUUUCCAGACCUCUCAUUUGGAAACGCAGAUCUUGACAAGGUGGAAGUUCGGAAGAGCCAGCUGGAUACAUUUCUUAAACAACUGAGCACCAUCCCAGAGACGGCCAACAGCGAGGAGAUGCAGGAGUUCCUGGCUCUCAAUACAGAUGCCAGCACAGCUUUUGAGAAGAAGCCCUUUGUUAUGUCAAGACUUGAUAAGAUGGUGGGGAAUGCUUUAGACACCUUGAAGACAGCUUUCCCUCGCUCUGACCCCCUGAGCCCCUCUGAAGACCUGGAUGGUGACAGCAGCUCUGAGAGCAGAGUCCCCCCAGACAGCAGGAAACCCAGGUCACGGCUCAGGUUCUCCAGUAAGAUCGCUCCUUCUCUCAACAUACCUGACCUGCAGCCCAAAGUGACCUACUCCUUCAGCGAAGACAGCACUGUGUUCAACGGCUUAUCCCUGUCUGGCCUGGAGAGCUUUGUUGGAGAGCAGGAGAGGCUUCUGCGCUGGCCUCCUGGGACAGCACCCGGGGAGGGCAAGAGGGCCAGCCAGCCGCCCGGGCCUGACCGGAGGGGAGGUGGGACCUGGGAGAGGAAACCUCGUGGGACAGACACAGCCGUGGCAGAUGUGGCCCUGAACAUCCUGUGCCUUCUGAUGAGGGAGCAGUGGAGCUGGCUGUGCACUGAGAACAUCCAGAAGACCAUCCGGCUGCUGUUUGGAACCUUCAUCGAGAGGUGGCUGGAUGUGGGCGUGGCCCACCUGACCAGCGCCCCCUGCUGGGUGAUCUACCUGCAGGUGAUGCAGGAGGCAGUGUGGCCAGGGGGAACUCUCCCCGCCCAGCCUCGCUCCGAGCGCAGCCCCGCUCAGAGAGAGGAGACCAAACAGCAGUGUCUCAACUGUCUCCUGCAGCUGCUUCCAGAGUUCAUCACUGACAUGCUGGGGACAGAGAAGUACAGACAGAGCUUGGAGACAGUGCUGGAGUCUCUGCAGGACCCCCACAUCAACAAGCACCUUGUCUACUGCGUCUGUGACCUGCUGCUGGAGUUCCUGAUCCCCGAGUCUUCCGAGGAGGACUUCCAGAGGUCUCUCCUGCACAGCCUGUCUGGGGACGUGGAGAGGGUGUCUGCCUCAGCGUGAGCGGGUGUGCCCUGACGGCUCUCCCUUCUUUCACCCCAACAUCCUCUUGGCAACCCCCCCCCCCCCCCUUUUAGAGUCUCUUUUGUCCGGAGUUCUUUCAUUAAACGAUAGAUGAAGCAUGCACAUCUGGUUCAGGGCUAAGCAUUGGGGUCAAGAUAUGGCUUUUGUGUCCGGCACUUGUUAAAGGAUUUACUCUAUCCUUCAACUACAUGCCCCCCCCCCCCCCCCCCCCCCCCUCCCCUCCCCUGCCAAUGUGGACUUUCUCAUCACCGUGGUGACCAGGGCCCUGCCUGCUGGGUCCAUCAUAAUGGGGCUAGGAGUUUACUGGAAGUGCUGCUGACGUCAGUAUUGACGCUCCUCCUCUCAGACGAUGAGAACUGGAAUUGCUAGAGGGAUAAAGGAUGACAUUGAAUGUCAUAUUUAAACUCAGUAAUGUUGAUAAUGUUAUUGGUAUUUUUAUAUAGAAUAUUAUUUAUUCAUGUAUUUAUUUAUUUAUAGUAUUAUGAAGACACAUUAGUGUUUAUCUGAAAAUAUUUGAUAAAGAUGAAGGUGAAAGUUCUGUCCUUUUGGUACAGUGUGACAGCCUGAUGUUUUCAUGUAAAAAAAACCUGAUGUUGAAAUAAGUUAAUAAGUUGUAAAUUAAUACUUGAUAUGCAUACUGUGAAUAUAAAUACAAUU